AAUUACGAAGGGAAAGGCACAUCCAACUGGCGUACUGAUUUCAACACUUUGCUUCCAGAAUGUAUCGAUUCUUUUGAACCUUGUUUCAUUCUAUUUCGAAUAGAUGAGCCAGGCUGGUUAUUUAUAAGUUUUGCUGAUGAUCGUGCUUCAGUUCGGGAGAAAAUGGUUUUGGCAGCAACGACAGCAACUUUCAAAGCUGAAUUUGGGCAGUCAAAUAUUAAGUAUGAGUAUCAUGUUACCAACAAGAAGGAUUUGUCGCUCGAGGCUUUCGAAAAAUGGCUGGAAGGAAAAAGUGAGAAUGCUCCAAUGUCUGAAAUCGAAAUAGAGCUAAAUAAUGCGCAGAAAGAGCAAAAUUCAUUAAUGCCUUCCGUUUUAGGAGUUCUUUUUCCCAUGGAUCAAAAUGUUGAAGAAGAAUUAAAGAAACUUCAUGAUCGAAAAAUUAAUUACGUUCAAAUGUCAGUGGACACACUAAACGAAGCGAUUAAAUUGGAAGUAGCCUUGCGAAUAGAAUCUGUAGAAAUAAUAGAAUUGCAGGUAAUACCUUACGAUAAACCGAGAUAUCAUUUUUAUCGUUUCUCACACAAUUUGGGCGUAUUUAUUUAUUCGAUGCCGUCAUCUGGUUGUACUAUAAAAGAAAAAAUGCUGUAUUCAAGCUGUAAGCAACCAUUCCUCCAAUCAGCCUUCUCCAUUGAAAUCGAUAGUCGCGAGAAACUAUCUUUAGAAACGCUUCUCGACUAUGUUCGCCCUCCAGUAGAAGUUAAGGAAAAGGCUUUUGCAAAACCCCCUGGUCCAAAUCAAAGAGGUGGUCGUCGUGUUAUUAAAACAAAUGUAUAG